GUGUGUGUGUGCGCGCACGGGGGGGGGCGCGCCGGGCAAACCCGCCCCCCGAGCCUGCGUGGCCGCCGGAGCCGCGGGAUGAGCCGGGGGCGGCGAUGAGCUCGGCGGGGCCGGGGGCGGCGGCGGCGCCGCUCUCCCGCAAGCAGCGCCUGAUGGCCGCGCUGGCGGCCGGCGAGGGGGGCCCGGCGGCCGCCGGAGCUCCGGCGAGCCCCUCUCCGGCUCUCUGCUGCUUCAUCUGCGGCGGCGGCAUCAGCCGCGGCAAGGAGCUGAAGCUUCAAGUCAGGCCCCCCCGCGACCACCGGCCCUUUUUCCCUUUCCUCCAGCACCAGGAGCCGGCGCCCGGCGCCCGCGCCGUCUCCGCCGAGGGCUGCGCGCUGGUGUGCGCCGUGUGCCGCUGCUUCCUGGGCGAGCAGUGGGACUCCUUCGAGCGCAGCCGCACGCCGGUGGAGAAGCGCAUGUACUGGCUCAAGCGGCCCCACCAGUGCGAAGCGGCACCGGGGGGCACCGGGCUGCGCAGGGGGGCUCCGGGCUGGGACCCCGCCGCGGCUCCGGGACGCCGGGAAGACGAGGAGGAGGAGGAGGAGGAAGAGGAGGAGGAGGACGAAGGGCCGGCGGCUGGCUCCGAGCUCUCCGAGCUGUCCGACGCCGAACCCCUGUCGGAGGUCGAGGGGCCGGGAGGCACCGGCAGGGCCCCCCCGGCGGCUGGGGGCAAGCGGGGGCCGCCGUGCUGCUCGUCGGAGGACAGCGAGAUCAACAUCACCAGCGAGGAGGAGGAGGAAGAGGAGGAGGAGGAGGGAGAGGAGGAGGAGGAGGAAGGCCGGCGGCCCGCUUGGGCGGCGGGCACCGCCUGCUACAUCUGCGGCAGCCCCUUGGCGCCUGGCGGGCAGCACCGCGUCCACGUGCAGAAGCAGGAGAGGAGCUCGCCGGCGCCUUUCUUCCCUUUCCUCUGGCUUCACAGCCCCCCGCCGGGCGCCCAGCCCCUCUCUCCGGCCGGCAGCACCUUGGUGUGCCCCUGCUGCUUCGCCUCCCUCAUGCAGCAGUGGCAGAGCUUCGAGCUGGCCAACGUGCCGGUGCUGCAGCGGCUCUACGUCGUGCCCCUCAACGCCACCGCCGCCGCCGCCGUGGCCCCAAAGGGUCACCGAGGGCCGAAGGAGGAUGGAGCGAGCGUGCCAACAGCACCCGAAGCUUGCUACCUGUGCGGGGAGGAGUGCGGCAAGGAGGCGAGGCCGGUGGCGGCCAAGAUCACCAACGGCAACGCCAAGAGCACCAUGCACUUCCCCUUCCUCAGCCUCCUGCCUUGCCCGCCCGGUGCCAAGGGGCUGAACAAGCACUGGGAGGUGAGCAGCUGCCGCAAGUGCUACGGGGUCCUGCAGGACCUGUGGGCCAUGUACAGGGCGUGCCACAAUGAGGAGCUCAUCGCCUCGGUGCAGAGCUUCCUGGGGAGGUACCACCAGGUUUUCUCCGCCGGAGAGCCCGGCGGUUUGGCCGGCCACCCCGGCGGCAAGCCGGGCCCCGGCUCCGUGUGCUACAUCUGCGGGGCCGAGCUGGGGGCAGGCAAGGAGUUCCAGCUGAACGUCAACCCGCCGGGGCGUUUCGGGGAGAAGGAGCCCUUCUUCCCCUUCCUCACCGUCUACCCGCCCGCCCCGCGGGCCCGGCCGGCCGAUUCCACAGGGCUGGUGGCCACCUGCGUGCUGUGCUACCACGACCUGCUGGGCCAGUGGCUGCAGCACGAGGGCAGGAACUCCCAGCACCCCAGCAGCGCCUGGUCGCGGCAGUACAAAGUGGAGACCUUCGUCUGCUUCUUCUGCCGCCAGGAGAAGAAGCGAUGCCUUGGAUUAAAAGCGGUGCAGGUCGCCCGGCUCCCCGUCUUCCUCUACACCCUGCGCGUGGCCAACAGCCUGCUGGUGGACGACGGGAAGCAGCUGACCAUCGGCGCCUGUGCCGACUGCGGGGCCGUGGUCCUGGCCGGCAAGAGCGUGGCCCCCCCGGAGCUUUUGGCUGCUGCGCCCCCGGCUCUGCUCCCCAAGGCAGCCCCCCCUUCCCUCGAGACGCCCGCCGCCAAGCCUGCCACCGCCGAGCCCCGGCACCGGCCGCUGGGCACCAAGGAGAGCCCAGGCGCAGCCCCGGAUCCCGGCCCCGAGCGCAGCCAGAGGACGGCUUUGGAUGCAGAGGGUGCGGACGCCGGAGCUACAAGCAUGAGCCAUGAGUCGAAGUCGCCUUCCCUAGGAAUGCUGUCCACCGCCACCCGCACCACCGCCACCGUCAGCCCCCUCACCCCCUCGCCCCUCAACGGCUCCCUGGUCCCCAAUGGCAGCCCGGCCGCCAGCAGCACUUUGUCCGUCCAGGCAGCACCUUCCUCCAGCUUCGCCGCCGCCCUCCGCAAGCUCGCCAAGCAAGCCGAGGAGCCCAGAGGGUCCUCGAUAAGCAGCGAGUCGUCCCCGGUCUCGUCGCCGGCCACCAACCACAGCUCGCCCGCCAGCACGCCCAAGCGCGGCCCCAUGGGCCCCAUCAUCGUGCCCCCGGGGGGGCACAGCGUGCCCAGCACCCCCCCAGUCGUCACCAUCGCCCCCACCAAGACGGUCAAUGGGGUCUGGAGGAGCGAAGGCAGACAGCAAGAAGCGGGCUCGCGAGGCAGCAGCAGCAGCAGCAGCCGCGAGCGCCUCAUCUCCGAGCCCCCCCUGGCGCAGGAGAAGGCCGGGGGGGGCCCCUCGGUCCCCUCGCACCUCCUGGGGACGCCCUACUCCUUCGGGCUGCCCCCCAGCUCCGUGGUGCAGGACUCCCGCUUCCCUCCUCUCAACCUGCAGCGCCCCGUCCACCACGUGGUGCCCCCCAGCGCCGUCACCGAGGAUUAUCUGCGCAGCUUUCGGCCCUACCACACCGCCGAGGAGCUCCGCAUGUCCUCCCUGCCUCCCCUCGGCCUCGACCCGGCCACGGCGGCCGCCUACUACCACCCCAGCUACCUGACCCACCACCCCUUCCCGCACCCUGCCUUCAGGAUGGAUGACUCGUACUGCCUGUCGGCGCUGCGCUCCCCCUUCUACCCGCUGCCGGCGCCGGGCUCGCUGCCCCCCCUGCACCCCUCGGCCAUGCACCUGCACCUCUCGGGCGUGCGGUACCCCGCCGAGCUGUCGCACUCCUCGCUCUCGGCGCUGCAGUCGGAGCGCAUCUCCAGCCUUGCCGCUGAGAGGCUGCAAAUGGACGAGGAGCUGCGGCAGAGGGAGCGGGAGCGCGAGAGGGAGAGGGAGAAGGAGAGGGAGCGGGAAGCCGACCGGGAACGGGAGAAGGAGCGCGAACGGGAGCGGGAGCGCGAGAAGGAGCUGGAGAGGGAGCGCGAGAAGGAGCGGGAGCGGGAGCUGGAGAGGCAGAGGGAGCGCGCCCGCGAGAAGGAGCUGAGCAUGGUGAAAGCCAUGGAGGGGCCCUUCCUGCCCAUGGCCGAGCUGCACGGGCUGCGGGGACACCCGGCCGAGGAGCGGGGCAAGGCGGCAGAGCCGCUGGUGCCGGGCAGAGCAGAGAAACUGAAGGACUCGGUGCUGCCCACGCCGAAGCCCAUCCAGCACCCGCUGCACCCGCCGCCGGCCUCGCACCACCCCGUGCCCAGCCUCAUCCCCAACCACAACGUGUUCCCCCUGCCCGGCAGCAGCGCGGCCACGGCGCUGCUCAUCCACCGCACCAACGAGGAGGAGAAGUGGCUGGCGAGGCAGCGCCGCCUGCGCCAGGAGAAGGAGGACCGCCAGUCCCAGGUCUCCGAGUUUCGGCAGCAGGUGCUGGAGCAGCACCUCGACAUGGGGCGCACCCCGAGCCAGCCCGAGCCCGAGCACCGCCCGGAGAACCCCAGGUCAGGACCAAGCCGCCACGAGCCGAGCGUCCGGGAGCCGGGGCAGCACUUCGGCGGCCCUCCACCGCUCAUCUCCCCCAAACCCCAGCACCACCCCAUCACCACGUCCCUCUGGAACCCCGUCUCCCUGAUGGAGAGCCCCCCGGACCCUCCCCGGCGCCUCCCCGAGCCCCACGCCCUCCACGGCCACCCGGCCCCCUUCGAGCCCAGCCGCCAGGGCAUCCCGCUGGUGAAGGUGGAGCGGGUUUUCUGCCCCGAGAAGCUGGAGGACGGGGCGAGGAAAAGGGAGGCGCUGGAGAAAUACCCCCCGCCACGGGAGCCCGGCGCCCCCGAGCACGGGGGCUUCGCCCACGCCCCCUUCCUGGCCGAGCUGGAGAAAUCCACGCAGAGCAUCCUCAGCCAGCAGAGACCCCCGUUAGCCCCAGCCGCCCCCUUCGGCGAGGCCGCCAAGCCCAGCUCGCCCUACAGAGCCCCCCCGCCCCGCGCCCAGGACCCCAUGUACAUCUACGACGAGUUCGUGCAGCAGCACCGCAGGCUGGUCAGCAAGCUCGACCUGGAGGAGCGCCGGCGGAGGGAGGCCCGUGAAAAAGGUUAUUACUACGACCUGGACGACUCCUGCGACGACAGCGACGAGGAGGAGGUGCGGGCACAUCUCCGCUGCGUGGCCGAGCAGCCCCCGCUGAAGCUGGACACGUCCUCCGAGCUGGAGUUCCUGCAGCUCUUCGGCCUCACCACGCAGCAGCAGAAGGAGGAGUUGCUGAGCCAGAAGCGGCGCAAGCGGCGGCGGAUGCUGCGGGAGCGGAGCCCCUCGCCCCCCACCGUGCAGAACAAGCGCCGCACCCCCUCCCCGCGCCUCCCCCUCUCCACCCGCUACAGCCCCGACGAGAUGAACAACAGCCCCAACUUCGAGGAGAAGAAACGCUUCCUCACCAUCUUCAACCUCACGCACAUCAGUGCCGACAAGAGGAAAGCUUCCCACGGGGCAGACAAGGAGAAGCUGGUGGAGAUGCUGCAGGCCAUGAAGCAGAAGCCGGCGCCGGGCGCCGUGGUGGUGAAGAGCUCGCCGCGGGACAGCCCCAGCGGCCCCGUUGCCGAGCCGCCGGUGCAGCCACUGCUGCUGGACCCGGAGAAAGCCGCGGGCAUCGCCGAGAAGGCGGCGGAGCCGGGGCGCUUGGAGCAGCUGCGAGCCCCGGAGCUCCCCAGGGUUAAGGAACCCACGGCUUUGGGGGGUGAAAAACCCCCCCGGCUGAGCGAUGGGCACCCCGGGAAGAAGGCGCUGAGCAUCCUCAGCUACGUGCGGGGCCCCCUGCCCAAGGACAUCCCGGUGCCGCUGUCCCACAGCGUGAACGGCAAGAGCAAGCCCUGGGAGCCCUUCAUCGCCGAGGAGUUCGCCCACCAGUUCCACGAGUCGGUGCUGCAGUCCACCCAGAAGGCGCUGCAGAAGCACAAAGGGGGGACGGCGGCGCUGACGGCGGAGCAGAACCACAAGCUGGACGCCUCCAUCCACUACAACAUCCCCGAGCUGCAGGCUUCCAGCCGCCUGGCCCCGCACAACGGCACGGCCGAGGGGUCCCUGCCCCACAGGGCGCUCGCCCCACAACCGGCCUCCGAGGAGGAGGAGGAGGAGGAAGAGGAGGAAGAAGAGGAAGAAGAGGAGGAGGAGGAGUGCCCCAGGCCCAAGUGGCGAGGGAUCGAGGCAAUUUUUGAGGCUUACCAGGAGCAUAUAGAAGAGCAAAACCUGGAGCGCCAAGUGCUGCAGACGCAGUGCCGGCGGCUGGAGGCGCAGCACUACAGCCUGAGCCUGACGGCCGAGCAGCUCUCGCACAGCAUGGCGGAGCUGCGUUCCCAAAAGCAGAAGCUGGCCUCGGAGCGCGAGCGGCUGCAGGCGGAGCUGGAUCACCUGCGGAAGUGCCUUGCCUUGCCCGCCCUGCAGUGGUCUCGGGGUUAUUUCAAGGGGUACCCCAGGUGACGCUCCCCGGGCUGGGCCAGAACACAUAGUCUAGAAAUAAUAAUCUAUUUUAUUACCUGGAAUAUUUAAUAUUUUUCACUGGGAGGUUUGAAGCUAAAAAAUAAUAAAAUAAUUAAAAAAAAAAAACAACAAACAACACACACACACACGAUAAAAAAAAAAAAAGGAACUUCAAACGGAGAAUGUGCCAUGCAUGAAGCAAAAAGGAAGGCGGGAGCCGGGCGCUCACCCCGUCCCCGUCCUUGGGGGCGACCCCCCCCGCACCCCCAACACUUUAUAUAGCUCAUUUUUUUGUUUUUUAAUUAAAAAAAAAUCCGAUUAUAAAAACUCCGCCGACAACACUAAAAGCCGGAGGAGCCCCGCGGGGCCGGUGGCGGGGGGGUGUCCCCCCCAUACACCCCAAAACGUGUCCCCAACCCCCCCACCCCCUUACCGUGGGGUUUCCCCCUGGAAAAUGCACUUGGCUCUCAAAUAAAGUCCGUGAACUCCU